UAAAUAGAACCGAGGGAGAGCCAGUAACAGAUGAUUAGGACUCCUCCCCCAGAGAGGCUCUGAGAGAGAGAGAGAGAGAGAGAGAGAGAGAGAGGAUGACGGGGGCAGCGGCCGCCGCCAAUGCCGCGGCUUCUCUCGCCCUCGCCUCGUCUUCCCUCACCCGCCACCGCUCCGCCGCUCGUCUCCUCCUUCUCUGCCGCACCGGAAACCCUAGGCCCACUGCCCGGCAAUCAAGAACCGCGGACACAAUCCUCCGCGGCCCCUCCCCUCUAUUCCACCGCCCUCUCGUCCUCGCUCGGUCUCCCGACCUUCCCGCUCCAAGAUGGAGGCUCUUUUGCAACAGAACCCUCUCCGCUGAUGCCGUGGCAUGUGAGAAGCCGGCGGCGGAGGCCGGCAAAAGGAUUCGGGAGUUCCGGAAGCGUCUAAGGAUUGUUGACGUGAAGGGCGGACCUGACGAAGGGAUGGACCGGUUAGGGCAGGCGCUUGCGAUCAGAGGUUGGGUACGGACUUGUCGAGUUCAGAGCAGCGUGACGUUCAUCGAGUUAAAUGAUGGCUCCUGCCUGUCCAACUUGCAAUGCGUGAUGAAUAUUGAUGCCGAAGGCUAUGAUCAGGUGGAAUCAGGUGCUGUCACAACUGGCGCAUCUGUACUUGUGGAGGGUAUUGUUGUGAGUAGCCAAGGAUCAAAGCAGAAAGUGGAGCUGAAAGUUGCAAGACUCGUCACGAUUGGGAAAAGUGACCCCUUGACAUAUCCUAUCCAGAAGAAAAGAGCAACCAGAGAAUUUUUGAGAACCAUAGCUCAUCUUCGUCCUCGGACAAAUACAUUUGGUGCAGUUACAAGAGUGAGGAACACACUGGCGUAUGCUACUCACAAGUUUUUCCAGGAAAAUGGUUUUGUUUGGAUCUCAAGCCCAAUUAUUACUGCUUCAGAUUGUGAAGGGGCUGGUGAACAAUUCUGCGUGACUACUUUGAUCCCUAACACCCGAGAAGGUACUGAUUGCCUAGUCAAUACUAUUCCUACUUCUAAGGAUGGGAAAAUUGAUUGGUCACAGGACUUCUUUGGGAAACCUGCAUUCUUGACAGUAUCAGGGCAACUAAAUGCUGAAACAUAUGCAUCCGCUCUUUGUGAUGUAUACACGUUUGGUCCUACUUUUAGGGCAGAAAAUUCAAACACCUCAAGACAUUUAGCUGAAUUUUGGAUGAUUGAACCUGAACUUGCCUUUGCGGACCUGAAUGAUGACAUGGCCUGUGCAACUGCCUAUCUCCAGUAUGUAGUAAAGUAUAUUCUUGAAAACUGCAAAGAAGACAUGGAUUUCUUUAAUACAUGGAUUGAGAAAGGAAUCAUAAAUAGAUUGAAUGAUGUGGUUGAGAAGGACUUUGUUCAGUUGACUUAUUCUGAUGCUGUUGAACUUCUUCUUGGUGCAAAAAAGAAAUUUGAGUUCCCGGUCAAGUGGGGGUUGGAUUUGCAAAGUGAACAUGAGCGAUACAUCACUGAAGUUGCUUUUGCUGGCCGCCCUGUAAUUAUCAGAGAUUAUCCUAAGGAAAUUAAAGCAUUUUAUAUGCGGCAAAAUGAUGAUGGGAAGACAGUUGCUGCUAUGGAUUUGUUGGUUCCUAGGGUGGGAGAGCUUAUUGGUGGAAGCCAAAGAGAAGAACGCCUGGAAUAUCUUGGGAGUCGUCUGGAGGAGUUAAAUCUCAAUAAAGAUAGCUACUGGUGGUACCUUGAUCUCCGACGUUUUGGGUCAGUUCCUCAUGCUGGAUUUGGAUUGGGUUUUGAAAGACUUGUGCAGUUUGCAACUGGAAUUGAGAACAUAAGGGAUGCAAUCCCUUUCCCCAGAGCUCCUGGUUCCGCUGAUUUCUGAAACCCAGAACUAUGAUGUAUAUAGCUAAUAAAUAUAUUCUUUUACCCAUUUCAAAUAAUCUAGAGGUAUACGCAGCACUCUAUUAUCAACCUUUUCCUGUAUCUGCAAAUAUAAAAUAUCUGAACUAUGAAGAAAGAAAUCACUAAGAUUCAUACAAAGGGAUUUCAUAGGCUUCUUAUUAUUGACAUCUCAACUUGUCAACAUUUUUAUGAGAAACAGGAUGCCCAGAAAACUUGAUGCAUCCUAAGUUGUAUUUGUGAAUUUUGUUGCGAAAUGGCUGAACAUUUGCAAUGUGUACUGUUACAUUUUCCACUAAUUUAAAACAAAUGUAGAUUGUUUCUUGACUGUUC